GAACACGCGAAAUCUAAUCCCCAAUAAAAAAUUCAAAUCACAGAAAAAAAUCAAUAUGCAAAAGCAACAACAUAUACCGGAUGUGUAUCGACAAAUACACAAACUAUAAACUGACUCGUGUGUUCUAUUUUUACAUAUACUGGAUAUGUAUCGACAAAUACACAAACUAUAAACUUACUGGCGUUUUAGGAUCAUCAAAUGCCUCAUUGGAACAUCAAAUCCGCAGCGCCCUUCUUGAUAACUAUGACAUGAAUGUCAGGCCAGUAAUAGGGAAAAAAGCCGUAGAAGUGGCGUUUGGUAUGAAGAUUAGCAGACUCGUAAAAGUGGACACAAAAGAACAAAUUGUGAUUUUGGACACUUGGGUGAUACAGAGGUGGAAAAAUGAAUUUCUCGUUUGGGACUCGAAAGCCUUUGGAGAUGUAGAGCGUGUGCAGUUUCUCCCGAGUGAGAUCUGGGUACCAGAUAUCUCCCUUUACAACAACGGAGACGACACUACAACUCUGGCUGGAGGAAGAGGGAAAUUUGUCACUGAAGUUUCUGUGGACAACAAAGGGAACUGUGUGUGGAGUGGGCCUGCUACAUUCAAAGCGAACUGUGACUUACAAAUCAUCAGUUGGCCGUUUGACAACCAGACAUGUGAAUUGGGCUUUGGUUCAUAUACAUACGGAGAUGACAGAUUGAAUAUUAAACUGUUUGUAGACACAUCUGGUGAAUUUACCAGUCGCUUCGUUACAAGUGGUGACUGGAGUAUAAUGAAUAUAACAAAAAGAAUCACUAAGACAAGUCACGGCGACUGUUGUCCAUUUGACUUCAGCGAAGUUGUUUACAGUUUGAAAAUGUCUCGGAAGCCUUUAUUUCAUGUGUUUUACCUCACUAUUCCAAGCACGCUGCUUUUGACUCUGACGCUGACAUCAUUUUUCAUUCCUGUGGAGAGUGGGGAAAGAAUUGGCUUUGUCACUACCAUGCUUCUCGCCAUGACGGUGUUCUUGCUGCUUAUUCCAUCCUUCCUCCCGGAAACAUCAGAUGGCGUCCCAAUCCUCGGCAUAAGUUUGCAGGCCACGUCGAUCAUCAUAGCUUUGGUCCUGUUUGGUAACAUCUUCGUCCUUAAGGUUUUCUUCACGAAUGGUACUCCACCUCAAUGGGUGCGCAACCUCUGCUUGUGUUGGAGGAGGAAAGGAAAAGUUUCCAAACGAGUUGAUGUGAACGGCUCAGACGAGUACCCAAUCCCUUCUGUGAACUCUCCCCCAUCCCUGAAUGCCAUAGAACUGUCCACCGCAUCCACAAGAGCCACCACAUCACAUGGAUGGGAGGAGAAGGAAGAGCAAAUAACAUGGCAAAAAGUGUCAGCUAAACUGGAUCAUUUUUUUUUUACGUUUUUCGUGAUCAUUAGCGCGAUUACCCUUUGCACAGUCUACUUGGUAAAUCAAUAAUGAAUGUAAGAGUGUUGACCGAGAACUAUCCAGAGCUAAUGCUGAUAACUUUCAUAUUUUUAGAAAUCUAUCUUCGUUUCCUUCUAGUAAUCCUAUAUUUGUUAUAAUGUAAUACCUCUGAAUUGCCCGAAAGGAGCCAUAUCCUCGCCUCGUUUUCACGUUGUGAUAGGGAUUUGGCCUUAAGGCCCAUUUGUAU